CCUCGCUCCACUGCCCAAGUGCUCAGAGAGGGAGGGAGAAAGAGAGAGAGAGAGAGAGAGAGAGAAAGAGAGGGAGAAAGUAGAAACGCUGGAGACGUGUUGCAACAGAUGACCAGGAGAGAGAGAGGGAGCGAGGGAGAGAGGGAGAGAGAGACUGCCAUAGUCAAAGAGAGAGGGAGGGAGUGAGUUAGAGAGAGAGGGGGAGAGAAAGAGGGAGAGAGAGAGGGAGUUGUUGGCUACUCGUCCUCUGAGUUUGGGUGCGCUUGUUUCGGGAAACGGAGCUCCACUUUGGGACAUGAGGAGUGGGUAGCCUUCGUCCCUCCUCCUCUUCCUCAGGACUAGACCAGCUGGACCAGGUGCUGCUAAAGAAGAGUGUUAUUGGUUGACCCUCCCAGAGGUCACGGGUCGGAGGUCAGGGGUCGGAGGUCAUGGCGGAACGACUCCUCGUCACCCUCUUCCUGGUCCUGAGUUUAGGCCACGCCCACUCCGCCCUGGCCCAGCACCUGAAGCCCCGCCUCCUGAGAGACAGACGAAACAUCCGUCCAAACAUCAUCCUGGUCCUCACCGACGACCAGGACGUAGAACUAGGCUCCAUGCUGGCUAUGAAUAAGACUCGUCGUCUCAUGGAGGAAGGCGGGACUUCCUUCUCCAACGCCUUCGUGACCACGCCCAUGUGCUGUCCGUCACGCUCCAGCAUGCUCACUGGGAAGUACGUCCACAACCACAACACCUACACCAACAACGAGAACUGCUCCUCGUUGUCGUGGCAACGCCAGCACGAGCCCCGCACCUUCGGGGUGUACCUCAACAACACGGGCUACAGGACAGCCUACUUCGGGAAGUACCUGAACGAGUACAACGGGUCCUACGUGCCCCCCGGCUGGCGCCAGUGGCUGGCUCUGGUGAAGAACAGCCGCUUCUACAACUACAGCCUGAGCCGCAACGGGCAGAGGGAGAAACACGGGGCGCAGUACCCCCAGGACUACCUGACGGACCUGAUCACCCUGGAGGCGGACCAGUUCUUCCGGGCCUCCAAGCGGGUGUACCCCCACCGGCCGGUCCUGAUGGUCGUGAGCCACGCGGCCCCCCACGGCCCGGAGGACGCAGCCCCCCAGUACAGCGAGGCCUUCCCCAACGCCUCGCACCACAUUUAUAACUACGCUCCUAACCCAGACAAGCACUGGAUCCUGCGCUACACGGGCUCCAUGCGCCCGGUCCACAUGGAGUUCACCAACCUGCUGCACCGCCGCCGCCUGCAGACCCUGCUGUCUGUGGACGACAGCAUGGAGAAGCUGUAUAACAUGCUGGUGGAGACUGGGGAGCUGGACAACACCUACAUCAUCUACACCGCCGACCACGGAUAUCACCUGGGGCAGUUUGGGCUGGUCAAAGGGAAGUCGAUGCCGUAUGAGUUUGACAUCAGAGUCCCGUUCUACAUCCGAGGACCGAACGUGGGGCAGGGAACCAUUAACCCCCACAUGGUCCUGAACAUCGACCUGGCCCCCACCAUCCUGGACAUGGCCGGUCUGGACGCCCCGGGGGACAUGGACGGGAAGUCUGUCCUCUCCCUGCUGGACAGACACACACCCGGCAACAGGUUUCAGGUGGUGAAGAAAUCCAAACCAUGGAGAGACUCUUUCCUGGUCGAAAGAGGGUAA